AUGUCCGAGAUCCUGCCCUACAGCGAGGACAAGAUGGGCCGCUUCGGCGCCGACCCCGAGGGCUCUGACCUCUCCUUCAGCUGCCGCCUGCAGGACACCAACUCCUUCUUCGCGGGCAACCAAGCCAAGCGACCCCCCAAGCUGGGCCAGAUCGGCCGAGCCAAGAGAGUGGUGAUCGAGGAUGACCGGAUAGACGACGUGCUGAAGGGGAUGGGGGAGAAGCCGCCGUCCGGAGUGUAGACGCGCCGGCUCAGGCGGCGGGCUCCGGGCCCAGCCCCGCGGCGGCCAGGAGCGCGGGCCGGCGAUGCGGCUGCCGUCGCCCCCCGCCCCGGCCCAGGCGCCCGCGGGCGGGGACUGCAGGGCCGCGCCGCCUUCGGGUUGCAGUCGCUGCCGCCGCCGCCGCCAGGCACUCCGGAGCUGUCCGCUUCAGCACCACGGCGGCGGCGGUAGCGGCGGCGCGGACCGGCCCGGAGCCCGCCGCCGCGCUCUUGCACUUUAGAACCUCGGGCCGCAGCCCCACCCCGCACACCGGAACGGACAGAGACCCGCGGCCCUCAAACCCCCGGCCCGUCCCCUCCCGCACGGCUCCCCUGCCCCGCCCCUCUCCGGCAGGUCUGGUCUGCAAACCGACUGCCUGCCGGUGUCGGACCUCGCGCGCGGCCAGGGAUGUUUGGCUGCGUAUUUGCAUGAGCUUCCCACCCCUCUGAGCCCAGCCGCUCCUCACCCCAACCCCUGUCUGGCGUGACCCCAGCCUCAGCCUCUUUCUAAGGGACUUCCUCAGCACAUUUGUAUUUUUAUAUCCGACUCUUUGUUUACUAAUUCCCCUCAUGGUUCAUGCCCUGCCCACCACGGUCUCGGCCACGCUCUUCUGCGCCUGGCAGAAAGGAUGGGUGUUGAGGCUGGGAUGGGACAAGCCCCCAACAUGGUAACCAACCACAUGACCAGUCUGCCCAUGCCUGAUUCCAGGCGGCUCUCUGGCAGACCUCCUCCCCUCAAGGUAUCACUUUCCAAGGGCCCAGGUCUGAUUUUACCUUGGACCUUUGUGUCCUGCCCCUGGGAUUCCAAACCGGGGCUGCACUGCGUCUUUGGAUGACACCUGUGGCCCUGGAGAUGUUCUCAACCCCUGGGGGUGUCCUUUGUAAAUGUCCUCCAUCCUCACUGUACCAGGAGUGUGUGAAUAAACACAGACCUCCCUGUG